AUGCCUCUCACUGGUCUUUGGAUAGUGCUGCUGCUGGGUUGUAUAACCCUGUGUCACACAGCACCUACCAUUGCUCCAACAAUUUCACCAGAGGAAGAAGACCUGGCAGAGGGAUACCUUACUCAGUUCUACUCUGACGUUGGGAUGAAAAACUCCUCAACAAGAACCAUCAAGGAGAACACCUUCAGCCAGGAUCUACAGGCCAUGCAGGCUUUCUUUGGCCUGGAGGUGACUGGUGUCUUGAAUAAUGAGACCGUUGAGGUGAUGAAGGCACCUCGGUGUGGUGUGUCAGACAUCAGCCGAUAUGGACACUUCGCUGGGAAACCCAAAUGGCAGAAAAGGCUAAUCACAUACCGGAUCACUCAGUAUACUCCAGAUCUGACUCAGAGUCAGGUGGAUGCAACCAUUGCUCAGGCCUUCCAGCUCUACAGCGACGUCAUCCCACUGGACUUUAAACAGGUCUCCAGCGGUACUGCGGACAUCAUGAUCCUCUUCAAGGGCGGCUAUCACGGGGACUUUUACCCUUUUGAUGGGGCGGGUGGAGUUUUGGCACAUGCUAACUCUCCUGGACAGAAUCAGGGAGGAGACACACACUUUGAUGAUGAUGAAACUUGGACUCUUACCCAAAGAGGUGUGAAUCUGCUGCUGGUGGCGGCCCAUGAGUUUGGCCACGCUCUUGGCCUGGAUCACUCCAGGGACAGACGGGCACUCAUGUUCCCCACUUAUAAAUACGUCAACACAAACGGAUACAGGCUGCCAGAUGAUGACAGGCGUGGGGUUCAAGCCCUCUAUGGUAGCCGUACACCAGUGCCAACAACACCAAAACCUAAACCACCUCCUGGACCAGAGCCAGAGGACCCAACAGAGGAUCCAAACCCAGACCCUCUGCCCAACCCCAGAGAUGAGCAGUGCAGCCGCGAACUGGUGUUUGACGCUGCGACCUCCAUCAGGGGAGACCUAUUCUUCUUCAAAAACGGCUACUAUUGGAGGAAGAGCACAACAUUCCAAGGAAUCCGUCUAAUUAAAGUGAACACAAAAUGGCCACGAAUCCAAUAUGUGGAUGCUGCCUUUGAAGUCCCAAACAAGGAUGCGGUGUAUCUUUUUGAAGGUAGUCAAUACUGGGGCAUAAGGGCUUAUGCAAAGACAAUAAUUUCAGGCUAUCCGAAGUCUAUCACCAGCCUUGGCCUCCCCUCUUCAGUCAGUAAGGUGGAUGCAGCUGUAUAUGUGCCAAGUACUAAAAAAACACUAUUUUUUGUGAAUAAUCAGUAUUGGAGUUAUGAUGAGGGUAGAAACCAAAUGGACCUGGGAUACCCACGAUCCAUCACUCAGGAUUUCCCUGCCAUAGGCUCCAAAGUUGAUGCAGCCUUUGAGAAUAUAGGAUAUCUAUAUUUCUCAUCUGGCCCCAGACAGAGUGAGUACUACUUGCCAUACAAGAGAGUGGUGCGCGUAUUGCUCAACUACGGCUGGCUCAACUGUUACUGAGAACUCACAGACACAAUGAGUCAAC